UUAAAUCGCUCCAUGUACAGCACUUUGUAUGCAGCGAUGGCUGUUUGAAAGUGCUCCAGAAAUACUCUCGUUCUCCCUUCCGUCGAGAAUGCUCGCAUGUCUUUGAGUGGUGAUUGUUAAAAGGCGUAGAAUUUUGGUCCCUGAGGAUGAGGUUUCGCCACAGGUGCGCGCCAGAACUAUGGCCAAAGACGCGUUGGCAGAGGCGGGCUGCUAUUUCGACGAACUCAACAAGCUCCGAGCGCUCGAGCCCGACGUCAGCCAAAAGACGGCGGAGCUGAAAGAAGACUGCAAAGAUUUUUUGGACAAAAUCGUGCAGUUUCUGAAGAUCAUCGGAGGUCUGAUGGACCUGGUGGACGCCUUGGCCGACGAGACGGAGAGAGAAAAGUUGAAGGCGCUCGGGACGAGAAACCUGCUCAAGUUUGUGGCCAAGCAGCGGGAGGCCCAACGGCAGCAACUUUCCGCCCUGAUCGCCGAGAAGAUGAUGCAACUGAAGCGCUAUCGUAUCGAAUACGAGACCCUGUCCAAAGUUGAAGCCGAACAAAAUGAGUUUAUUAACCAGUACAUUUUGCACAAGUGACCGUCAGAUCGGAUUAAAAAUUGGGACGGUCGUUCGGAUGGA